CCUUUAGGUAGCAUAUACGCAUACAAGUAGCUAUAUAUGCUACCUAAAGGUAGCAUAUAUAGAAACUAGGAAGAAAAGGAAGCAAAGGAAGAAACUCUAUGGUACAGUGUCCCUUCUCUUAGUGGUACUGUAUUGGUGUACUGUGGUGUAUACGUUUUGUGGUGCGCACGCUACGCCGGCUGGUCACAAAACACCUGACUGGCCUGCGUAUGUUCUCGGCGAGAGCCAGAGGAGCCAAGUUCGAAGAGUAGAAUGUCAAGCGUGUUGCACGCCGCGGACGGGACCCAUGCUGCGCUCAGCGACUUGCGCCUUUUUCUUGCGGGCACCUCCAGCUACGACAGCAAGAUUCGGGCUUCGGACGUGGCCCAGGCAGCGAUCCGGCUGCUCAGGACGCUGCCCGUGGCGCGCGAGGCCGUGCUCGAGUACAUGCACAACCUAUUCGACGACGCCGUGGGUCGGCACAUCGUGAGGCUCGACUCCGAGGAGAGCGUGCCCAGCGUGGAGGAGCGUGACGUGGAAGACGUGCAGGGCGUGCUGUCGGGCUUCAUCGAGAGCAACUUGUCUGCCUGGGCGCCCAUCAUAUCAGGCUGGUCCCUCGAGCUGCUGGGCCACCUGACGCGCAAGUACGCCGACCGGCGCAUCGUCCACUCCGGGCUGGCCGAGGUGCUGCAGAUGUGGAUGGCGUGCCCGCCGACGCGCGCGCUCAUCGAGCUCACUACCAAGUGCCUGUCGACGCUAAUCGACACGAACCCGGACAAGUGUAUCGACGCGCUGCUUGAGACGUCGGUGCAGCACUCGCCGCACUUCGACUGGGUGGUGGCGCACAUCGGCUCCUGCUUCCCGCACACUGUCAUCACGCGCGUGCUCGCUUGCGGCCUCAAGGACUUCGUGAGCCACGAGGACGAGGACGGGGACCGGGCGAGGGUGCCAAAGCUCGCCUCGGUCGUCGGAAUCCUGGGCCACCUCGCCGGCCAGCACGCGGCCGACAUCCGGGCCGCGCUCGUGUCCCUCAUGCAGCAGAGCUUCGCGGCCAGCCCGACGCGCGAACAGCUGGCCGCCAUCCCGUUCCUGCUGCAGCUCGCCUCCAUGUCCGAGCACCUGCUCGACGCCGUCGUCUCCGAGUUCACUCGAGUCCUGUCGGCCGACACGCUCAACAAGCUGUCCACACUGAUGGGCAAAUGGGAGUCGGCCAAGAUUCCGGGCACGCGAGACCUGCUCAGCCUGACGGUUGUUCUCAUAGUGCAGAGCGGCUCGGUGGACCUGCGCUUCCUCAGCCAGAUCUUGGACAUUGCCUCGGGCGCGAGCGAGUUCUCCGCGGCACUGCUGCCUGCGGUGCCCAGUGCGGCCGGGGUCGUGCUAGACAACGUCCUGCUCGAGAUGCAGCAGCGGGUGUUUGCCGGUGCGGCUGAGAUACCGCUGCUAUCGGCACUCGAGGCCCGGCUGGGCGACCUGUGCAGUUGGUUGCGGCACACUCGCUGUGGGCCCCGCACUAUGUGGUUGUGGAAUGCCCUGUCCCUUAUCUGUGUCCACCGCAAGGAGAAGACGGCGCUCACCGUGCUCUCCCACCUGCUGGGCCGCAUUCGGGGCUCCACCGAGCUGCUCUUCUUUCAGGCGCUGAUCUACCAGGUGGAGGUGGUACACGUCAAUUGCCUGACGCACACCAUUUCCCACUUGAUGGCCGAGCUGCAGUCGGGUCGAGUGCCCAACCCCACCCAACUGGUCGAGAACCUUAAGAAGCUCAGCGGCAACUCUCACGUGGGCAUGCGUGUGAGCAGCACCGUCUGCAAGUUUGCCCAAGUGCUGGCCGAGCAGAUGCAGGCGUCCUCCGACCUGAUGUACGCCGACGCAGUGGCUGAGCUGCUCUCGACGUCCGUGCAGCCCGAGACCAUGUCUGCCACGGCCGUGGUUAAGGUGGUGGCAGCGGCCGCCGCCUACUUCUUUGCCAUCGUCUGCAAUCCAGUCCACUACGGGCCAUCCCGCAAGUACACUGCCGCCUGCGUCUGCUUUCGUCUGCUGUCGACGCUGUGCUUGCGCUCGGUAGCGCAGCAUUUGGCGCUCCGCAAUUUGCUCUCCGGGGCACUGGAUCACAAGGUUUCCUGGCGGUUUGGCUCACAUCCACGGCGCAGUAGCGAGGCAUUUCUGCGACAGCCACGCUUCGUCCACCUCCUGGAUGAGAACCAAAAGUUUGCAACAUCCAUCAACUUCCCGCAGAGCCACUCUUCCAUAGUGCGCGUCGGCAUCAUCGGAUCGGGCCUGCGGAGCAUACCUCCACCACCGCCCAUCGCGGACGAGGAGGUGGCGCUAAACAAGCAGCUUUUAUUGGAGGCCAUCACCGCUUGCUGCGCAUUGCCCUGGCGCAACGACAGGCCGUCACCUAUGCGCACUUCUCCGGUAGGCGGCAUGAAGAUUGUCGCAUUGCUCCUAGUCGAGAUGAUAUCGUCGGACGUCAUGUUCAACGGGCUUCCUUGGCCGGAUGAGGAUUUUCUCAAGGUGACCAUCGAGCGUGACCUGCACAUCCAGGCCAUGUUUGUGGACCACCCCAUCUUAUGGGACCUGCUGCGACUUGUAGCAUCUGUGCGGCCCUCGCUGUGCUACUGCAGCGUCCUCCUGCGUGCGGUCAUGGCUGUCGCCAUGACCCACUGGCGCAACUGCCAGGAAAAAGCAGCCGCCUCCAGCCCCAAGCAUCUGGACACGACCCGGACGGUGCUGCGCAUCAUGUCUCUGGGACAGCUGCUGCCGCCCGCCAUGAACAGCCUGGGCGAGGUGCUGCCCCUACUGAGCCCCUUCGAGUUGUUUUGCGUGCUCUCGGACGUGUGGCAGUACAUGCGUAACAACGUCCCCAGCCCAGCACUGUUUACGCACAAGAACCCCACGACUGGUGAACUGUGGCGCGAGUUCAAGACACCUGCUGCUGACCUCAAGUACAUGGAGCGGCUGCGAGCCAUCAUGAUCAGCAACAUCCAGACGUGCGGACUGAUCUUUCAGAAGUUCUUUAAUGUUGAUGCAUAAAGUGGACCCGCCACCAUCGGGCCCGCCAUCACUAGCAGAAAAAAAAAACUGCACCAAGCAAUGCGAUGAAGAGAAGACUAGAAACUAGGGUUGUGCCCUCUGCACUUUUUUCAUCCUUUCGUUUUAAGAGAGUCUGGUGUAGUUGUUGCUGACAUCUUGACCACAUGCACAAAAAAACCCUCCAAGGACAGAGCGAGGCACAAUGCCAUGGGUGAUAAAAUUUGAAUGUUUAUCCCUCGGGUCGUCACACCUCUCUCUGUUCUUGUCUUUUUCUUGUGCCAUCAAGAAGUGAAACAGUUGUUUAUUCUAUUUGUAAUUAUAUACUUAGUUUGGCUACAUGGCCACAAUGAGUCAUAAAAAGUGUUUCACAAAGUAGGCAGAGCUCUGUAAGCUAGUUUUGUACCACGCAUAAAUCUAGGGUUCUGCUCAAACUAGGAAUUAUGACAUAAGUUCUGAAUUUUUUAGUUCAUUAGAGUGCUGCACCUUCUCAAUAAAUAUUCACUUCACGAUUUCAA